AAAUUUCAAAUCAAAUAAGUCAAAGUUUGGAGAAUUAUAAGAAUUCGCUUUGAAAUUAAUUUGGGCAUUUUUAAGAACAGUAUUUUCCUCAUUUUUUGUUGCCGCCAUUGUUAGCACUUGAAGCUCUCCCUUUUCUUCUCAUAAAUUUUAUUUUGCUUUCAUCAGAAAUAUCUGCCCAUGGAGAACGGAGAAAUCCCAGAAAACGCCAAUGAACAUUGUCCGGGUCCUCAAUCGGAGUCAGCUGGUAAAUCCGAUGCAUGCCAAGGUUGCCCUAAUCAAGAAGUUUGUGCCACCGCCCCUAAGGGCCCUGACCCGGACUUGGUUGCAAUUGCAGAGAGAAUGGCUACUGUUAAGCAUAAGAUACUGGUUUUAUCGGGGAAGGGAGGGGUUGGCAAAAGCACUUUCUCUGCCCAACUCUCAUUUGCACUAGCAGCUAAGGAUUUCCAGGUGGGUCUACUGGACAUUGAUAUUUGUGGUCCAAGCAUUCCGAAAAUGCUUGGCCUAGAAGGUCAAGACAUUCACCAGAGUAACCUUGGCUGGUCCCCUGUUUAUGUUGAGUCCAACCUUGGCGUAAUGUCAAUUGGGUUCAUGCUCCCCAACCCUGAUGAAGCUGUCAUUUGGAGAGGACCGCGUAAAAAUGGGCUCAUCAAACAAUUCCUUAAAGAUGUAUACUGGGGAGAGCUUGAUUUUUUGGUUGUUGAUGCCCCUCCUGGGACCUCUGAUGAGCACAUCUCAAUCGUUCAGUUCCUACAGGCUACUGGGAUAGAUGGAGCUAUCAUCGUCACUACGCCGCAGCAAGUCUCUUUGAUUGAUGUGCGUAAAGAAGUUAGUUUCUGCAAAAAAGUUGGAGUACCAGUUCUUGGAGUUGUUGAGAACAUGAGUGGCUUGUGUCAGCCGUUGAAAGAUUUCAGGUUUUUGAGGAUGACAGAGAAUGGUGAACAUACUGAUCUCACAGAGAAGGUUAUUGAGUAUAUGAAGGAGAAAGCACCUGAAAUGCUAGAUCUCAUUGCUGCCAGUGAAAUCUUUGAUAGCAGUGGUGGUGGUGCAGCAAAAAUGUGUACAGAAAUGGGAGUACCAUUUCUCGGAAAGGUUCCAUUGGAUCCACAGCUUUGCAAGGCAGCUGAAGAAGGCAAAUCUUGUUUUUCUGAACAGAAGUGCAGUAUUAGCGCUCCUGCAUUGAAGAGUAUUGUUGAGAAGCUGAUGGCAAAGUAUUGGUGUAAAGAAAUGUCUGUGGAACAGUAGCCCAGGGUGAACUAAUGUUCAGCUGUACUUGGAGAUCUUUGUGUAAUAGAAGUUUGUUUGCAUGUCAUGUAAUAUUCAUAUAAUUAUUCCUUAUUUUCUGGAAUUUUCUGUGAGGUACAAUACUUGAGUUAUAGAAGUUCAGUACCCUACAGUCUGGACACCGAAACUUUACAAAUUAGGACUGUAAUUUUUUUUGGUAAUUCUGAACUUUGUUUUUGUAAUGUUUGCUUAAUGGGAUCACUCAGCCGUUAGAACA